AUGGACAUUACUCAAAGGUUCGUCUCAGUUGCGCACCCCCAGGCUAACGGGCAAGUAAAACUAGCAAAUCGCACCAUCUGUGAGGGUAUUAAGAAAAGUCUCGAAAAAAGCAAAGGACGUUGGGUAGAGGAACUGGAUACAGUGUUGUGGGCGCUUCGCACCAGCCCGAAAACAGCUACGGGAGAGGCCCCGUUCACUUUGGUCUAUGGAUCGAAUGCAGUUAUCCCAGCAGAGGUCAUAUUGGAAUCCCACCGGGUGUGUAGUUAUGAUCCUGUGCAGAAUGAAGUGCUACACCGCCUCGACCUGGACUUAGUGGAACUGGAAAGGGAAUAA